CUCAGAACUAUCCUUGAUCAAUAGGCUCAUAUACCCCGUGCACGUCAGAGGUCUAAUCCAUUUCACAGGUUAUGAUCUCCACAUGGUCGCUGCGACAACUCAAAUCAGGAUUCCUUUAUCCAAAUUUCCACCACUCGACAACUAAGAUACGAUAGGCCGUGGUUUGGCACAUCUAACAACUAAUUAAUUUACCUACGCGAUAGCUUCUUUUAAAUCUAUGUUAAUCAGUUGACAAUAUAAUAUGCUCAGAAAUUAAACACGCGAUCUGUAAACAAUUCUUAAUUGACUUCUUCUUUUCUCCGACCGACCAGAUCCUAGCUACUUCCCGAUCACCACAAUGUCAAAACUCGCCGGCGUUCAUGUUCUUGCAUUCCCAUAUCCAGCACAAGGCCAUAUGCUUCCUCUCUUAGAUUUUACGCACCAGCUCGCCAUCCGCAACCUUACAAUCACCGUCCUCGUCACCCCCAAGAAUCUCCCCUUCUUGUCCCCUCUCCUCUCCAGACACCCCACCAUCAACACCCUCGUUUUGCCUUUUCCGGCGAACUCAUCGAUCCCCGACGGCGUCGAGAACGUCAAGGACCUCCCUCCCUCCGGCUUCCGUGCCAUGAUACCCGCUCUCGGCGGCCUCAAAGAUGAAAUCAAAGACUGGUUUCGAUAUCACCCUUCGCCGCCAGUAGCAAUCAUUUCCGACAUGUUCUUGGGGUUCACCCACCGACUUGCCGUCGAGCUCGGUGUUCGCCGGUACGUUUUUUCCCCCUCCGGCGUCAUGGCCAUAUCCCUCAGCCUCACCCUAUGGAGAGAGAUGACCAAGCGGAAGAAUCCGGACGACGAGAGUGAGGUUUUCCGUUUUCCGGGAAUUCCGAACUGCCCGGAAUAUCCCUGGUGGCAGCUUUCUCCGAUUUACCGGAGCUACGUGGAGGGAGACCCAGAUUCGGAAUUCAUCAAACAGUCGUACUUGGAUAACGCCGUGAGUUCCGGACUUCUGUUCAACACUUUCAGUGCGCUGGAGGGGGUGCACACAGAGCACCUCAAGAAGACCUUGGUCAACGAGAGGAUUUGGUCCGUCGGUCCACUCUUGCCUCCCGGCGACGAAAAGUCCGGGACGGCGGAGCGAGGCGGAUCGAGCACCGUCUCAACCGAUGACAUACUGAGUUGGCUCGACUCGCGGGAAGACAACUCGGUGGUCUACGUUUGCUUCGGCAGUCAAGCAGUGUUGACCGAUCGACAAAUGGAGGCGCUAGCGCUCGGGCUCGAGAAGAGCGGAGUCAACUUCUUGUGGUCAACGAAAGCGCCCACGAAGGGACACGUUGGUGAAGGGUACGGGGCGAUACCCACGGGUUUCCGGGAGCGUGUGGGCCCGAGGGGACGAGUGAUCCAAGGAUGGGCCCCGCAGGUAUUGAUUCUCAAGCAUCGUUCUAUAGCGGCAUUCCUCACCCACUGCGGGUGGAACUCGACGCUAGAAGGAAUAGUUGCCGGCGUACCGUUGCUGACGUGGCCAAUGGGUGCCGACCAAUACGUGAAUGCGGGCCUCCUAGUGGACGAGUUCAAAGCGGGGAUGAGAGUGAGUGAGGGACAGGAAACAGUGCCGGACUCGGACGAGUUGGCUCGUUUGUUAGGCAAAGCCGUGAAAGAGGGAGGCGGGGAGGUAAAGGCGCGUGCUUUGGAGCUGAAACAGGCAGCGUUGGAUGCUAUUAUAGAGGGAGGCGAUUCAUUCAACAAUCUGGACAACUUCGUCAACCACUUGAGUGAAUUGGCUUCGGAACCAAAGGGAAACAAACAACUGUAAGCCAAUUUGCCCGUCGAAGGCGCUAUUUUUCAUUUUGAUUUUGGAAAAUCCCACUUUUAAUCUGAAAUAGUUAUAAUAUUGAAAUGUAGAUUCGCAUUUCAGAGAUUGUAAAUGUCACAUCUCAAUGACCACAUUUACGGGCUUACAGCAAUUUGAAUAAUUGAGGAUGUUAUUUACAAAUUCGGGAACACAUAUUUGACAUUUUGGUGACAUACUUUUUUUAAUAAUAUUUUUAAUAAUAC